AUGAAGAUUUACAUAGAACCAAUCAAAGGUGUACUUGCCAGUGAAACAGUACGUUUCACUGGCGGCCUUCACUUCUACAAGAAUGGAACCUUGUACCGUGAGGUAAUUGAAGGACAGCCUCAAUAUGUCGGGCCUCCAUCGCCAGAGAUUGAUGCAGCAUGGAAGAGUCUGCUGAAAGGCCAAUACAUGAACCUUGUUGGGAGCGAAGCAUCGAGCAUGGUCGGGCGCACGUGGAAAGACAGCCAUGGGAACUAUGAAGUGGCUCUAGAUGUGAUGCAUACCCUCCAUUGCGUGAACAAAGUGAGGAUGGCUCUGGAUCCAGAUUAUUACAAGGAGGAGGAAAGCCCUAGAAUUCAUAGGAUGCACGUCGACCACUGCCUUGACUAUCUUAGGCAGACGGUACAAUGCCACGGUGACCUGACUCCCAUGGUUUUCAGCUGGUCGGAUGAUGCUGGCAGGGUUGUUGCCGACUGGAAAGAACCUCACACAUGCCGCAACUUUAACCGUGUUCGCAGUUGGGCUGAAGACCACUUUCGGCCAUGA